AUGGAUAGCUCUCCAGAUCUAUCCUUGAAAUUAAGACGUGGUUCGAGUGAUUCACGUGAUAAUUUCUAUAUGGAUUUUGCUCAAGGCAUUGAUUCCGAUAUCGAAGAGGUGGAUAACACGGCGCUGGAUCAGGCCACAGCACCUCCAUUGCCGCUGGUGGGGGAUGGUAUGGAUUAUAUGGUCAUACCGCCACCUCCACCACCCUCAGUUAUGACCAUAAUGCAACAACAGCAGACAAUGGGUUUACCCACUGUUAGCGAACACGAUGAUACACCUCCAACACCACCGCCACAAAUGACCAGCUUGCCCUCGCCACCAGUUUCGCCAACAACAUCCGUCUUAGAAAUGAUGCCACCACCACCUUUGUCUCCACCACCACCAACAACCACAUCUUCAUCCUCCACACAUUCCAAUCGAGUUCUGCCACAGCCACCUUCUCCACCCUUGGAAACUGAAGAUGAGGAGGAUGAUGAUGAUAUCGAGGAAGAGGAGGAGGAAGAAGCUGGAGACAAAGAUUCACCACCUCCACCAUUGCCACCCAUACCCUCACACCUGGCCUAUAAUCGACCACAAUCCAAUCACGAAGAUGAUGACGAUGAGGAUGACAGCCACUUGCCCAAGCCAAUGCAGGGCCAGACACCCUCAACUUCACCCUCGCCACCUGUAACACCCCCACCUUGUCCGGAACUAAGUUCCAUACAAAAAAUUGUUUCACCACCGCCAACACAUGUUUCACAGAUACCACCUUUAACCCCACCCUCGGAGAGUGAUCAAUCGCAGCCCAAUUCUCCACCACCUAUAUCGAAACAUUCCCCACUAACCAUGCCUUCAACACCGCCACCACCACCCGAAUGUGAUGUGGUCGAUGAUGAACAACCACCCACACCACCACCGGAAUUUGAUCAACCAGACGAAGACGAAGGCGAAGAAGCCAAACCCAAACAAGACGAAGAAGAAGAUGAGCCGGAAAUCGAUUUAUCUGGGGUUUCCGGAGAACCCUCAAUGGAUUUGGUACAAGAAGUUCUACAGGAGGCGGCCCAGAAGGCCAUAAAUGGUGAGGAAAAUAAAUCUUCGCGGGAUGAUGAUUCCACCACUAUUACCACACCACCAACCAAUGGCUACUCCGCCUCUUCCAUGUAUAAUCAUCAAGCUGAAGAACCCAUGGAUGAGGCUGACCAAGAACAACUAAUGGCCAAUAUACCACCACCAGCUGGGCUAGAAGAUCCCAUAGAAGAUGAAGAUGGUACCAAGACACCAGUUUCCGAAACGAAACCCUUAGAUUUAGAUGAACUAUCCUUAGAUCGUGUGCCACCUCCACCACUUGAAGAGGGCGCCGAGGAGGAGGAUAAUGAAAAGCGAACUUCAUUGCCAGGGACACCAACAUCACAAGUCUCGCAAUUGUCACAACCGACACCAACACCCACGGUGUCCGGAUCACCAAAACGUAAAAGUAGUGUUACAAGUGCCACUGCACCCGGUGGAGGAGGUGGUGGUAGUCGUGUUCCUAGUCGUAGUGUCAGUCGCAGUGGCAGCCGUAGCGGUAGCCGCACAGCCAGUCGUAGUGGUAGCAUACGUGGUGGUGGCAGUAUUAGUUCAAGGGCUGGCAGCAUUGCUGCAGCUUCAGUGGCAUCGGCAGCCGCAUCCAUUGUCUCCGCAUCACAAUCUGUUAAGGCCGAGGUCGUUACCUCUCCACCAAUUUCAUUGAAAUCGAUACGCAGUCCACCUGGCUCAAUACGCUCGCAUACAUCGAAGCAUAUGGCUGCACCCGGACGUUUACAAAGUCCUCAGGAGGGUGAUAGUCCACCGGUAAUGCCUUCACCACCAAUUAUACGUAGUCCACCACAGGUGAAGAGUCCACCAUCGAUGCACAGUCCACCACGUGUCACCAGUCCCCCGAAAGUCUAUAGUCCCCAGUUGAUUAGCAGUCCACCAAUGCGUCAAGAUGAUAUUGAUCCCGAGAAGGCAGAGAAGCC